GCACAAACAUUAAAUUCUUUAGUGCGGGAUUCGUACCAAUAUAGCAAAAAAAAGAUUACCGACUAACGCUACUCCACAGGGAGUAUCGGGUAUCUUCUGUUACAAAAUCAAGCGGCUUUCAAAGAUAUAGAAACAAACAUCUUACCAAUACUGUAGUAAAAGCUAUUCUCGGUGAUCGAAUAGGAUAGGGAAGUCUAGUUGAUGACGAGCGAUUUUUGAAAGAGGUCGCCAUACAUUUUGACCGCAAAACCUGGUUAAGUAUUAUAGACUCCUUUUCAUUACACAUCCUCCCUACUAGUCUGUCGUAGAAACGUCAAUUCAAAUAAUAUUUUUUGCAUAAUUUUAAUCGAUUGAAUUAAAAUCUAAAUAUUGUGAGGCCCUGUAGCUAUCAAGAUGGGUCAACAGCUUAGUACAAUGUUCUCAGGCAUGGGAAGGUUCUUUGAGUACCCCGUGAAGCGGAAACCAAUUUGUUUCUAUCGGCAGGAAGACUUUUCUGCCACAGGUGAGGCUCAUAGGAAAAUAUCAGAAAUGUCGAGAAGUGGGCAGACAGACUAUGACAAACUAGUCGACUUGUUUUAUACAAGACUAGCAGAGCAGCGUCAGUUUAAUCAAGAGAUGAAAGAGAAGGACCGCAGAUGGAGCAUGCAGAAGGUCGUGGAGCGGUUCCCGGGCUGGAACGAGGUCACCAUCGCCAACCUGCACAGCUUGUUCCUCCUGUUCGACAACCAGAGCAACGGGAUGCUUGGAUUUGACGAUUUUGGGGCAGUAAUGGAAAGUCUUGGUGAUGAGAGUCCUAUGGAACUCCGCAAAGAGAAGUUCAACGCUGCGGACACUGACAAUGACGGCUGGAUCACAUACGACGAAUUCCUAUCAUUGGUGUACAACUUCAACCCUAGUGAAGACGACCGCGUGGGUGGUCUCGCGGCGCUUUGUAACGACGUCGCCGAGAACAUUCAGUUUGUCAGCAACCUCACUGUCGGCGAGCAAUUGGAAUAUGGACUGUUUUAAAUAAAUAGAAAUAACUUUU